GAGCUUCCUUUUCUUUUCGUCCGUAGAACCACAUGUCUGGUAACCGAGAUUUUGAUUUUCUUUUCGCCGGAUAAUGCUCCUCCUAAUUGAUUAGCUUCGAUCGAUUCACGAAAUUCAAGUGCACGGCCCCAAGUACGAGUGAAAGCAGACCGCGAUUGUGAGGAAAUCCGUUAAGUUCGGGAAAUAUAUUCGUAACCAAAACGUUCUGCCCCACAGCAGCGCGUGAGUGAGUGCGAGCGAGAGAGAGCGAGCGCAACGGAACAACACGGUCGUGUGAGCGAAAGCGAGCUAUCGGACGAGAGUGCGAAGUGUGUGUGUGCGAGAAAACCCGCAAAAGCAACAGCAAAAGCAACAAUAACAAAACAACACAUACUUACACACACCCUACGACCCAAAGUGCGUAGUGAAUUAAAAAUACGUGUGUGGAGCGAGUGGAAUUUGUUUAUCAAAUCGGCAGAGUUUCCGUUUUGAUUUCUGCUUGGAAACUUCGCACCUCCGCAUCCCGUUGAGCAGGCCCGGAAGCAGCCAAGAGUUUUCCAGACCCAGCGACGAGGAGCAUUCGCCGACGAAGAAGCCGGAGCAGCAGCAGCAGGAGACGAUCUGCUGCCUACUCUGGAUAGGAGACCGAGACGAAAAGAGGCCAAGGAGUAGAACCACCGAGGAGCAUGUCCAGCAAGGAGGAGACUACUCCCUCCACGGGAGCCGCUGCUCCAGUGCAGGGUGCAGCUACCACUUCCUAUGCCAACGUGGUGCAGAACCUGGACACCAAGAAGGGCCCUGCUGCCGCCGCCGCCGCCGCCGCCAACCCCAGCACCUCCUCCGCCGUGGACAACAAAGAGAACCAGCCCAAUCUGAAGAGCUUCAAGUCGUGGAGCGAGGAAACCGCGGCCGCCGAAGCCGCCGGAGAAUCGCUGGUCGGAAGCGUUGGACCCACGCUGGCGGGUGAGAAGCGUGCCGCUGCCUCUGGCGGCGACAACACCGCCGAGAACUCAUCGGAACUGGACGACAAUAACGACUUUGUGCCGGUGGUGUCGCACCAUCGACGGGAUCGCAAAAAGGCUCGAAAGGAAAAGCCAAGAGAUCAACAGCCGGCUGGUGGCCCUGGUCAGAAAUCGCAACAGCAAUCGGGACGACGAGGACAAGGAGGACCCACUGACUCGGCACCCGGCGAUCGCAAGCAGACAGUCCGUCCGCGGGCUCCUCGCAACGGCAGCCCCCGGAAACUGGGUGCAGCUGGUUCUGCGGCCGGCGGAGCCAAUGCCGCGGCUGCCGGUGGCCAGAAAGUACACAAGGAUCGCAAGGACACCUCGCCGAGCGCCAGCAUCGAGGCGGGCAGCAGCGGCAACGAGGCCAAGUCCGGAGACGGAGAUCAGCAGACGGGCGACAAGGCGGCAGGUGCUGCCGGAGCUGCCCCGCCCCCAAAGCGAUUCAUAGCCGCCCCACCGCCCAAAGUCAAUGCCUGGAAGAUAUCAGCCAAACAAUCUGGAAGCCCCAAGGCAGGAACCUCUCCAUUGGACAAACGUGUUUUGCAGCCCAAGGCACAGCAACCACAACAAGCCAAGCAGCCGACUGCCAGCAGCAGCAACAGUAGCACCAGCAACCAGAGCGCACAGAACACCGCCAGCAAUCCCAGCCACAAAAAGACAACACAACAGCAACCUCCACAGGGAGCAGUAGCAGCCACAAACACACAGACAGCCCCAGCAGCAGGCACAUCCACACCAGCAGCCGCAGUAGCCCCUACACCAGUAGCCGCCACAGCAGCCGCAGCAUCCGCGACACCAGCAGCAGCAGCAGCAGCCGAGCCAGCAGCAACAGCCACAACCACUGUUGACGCCAGCCAGUCAGAUGCACUCGCCAAAGUCGUGGUAAAGGACAAAAAGAAGGUCAACCAGAAGGCUAGCGACUUUAGCAACGUCGGGGACUGGCCCACGCUCGUUGGCGGAGUUUCCGGAAGUGGCAAAGCCACCAGCAACGAACCCAAACGCAAUCCAACGAAAAAACAGCAGCCAGCCAAAGCAGCAGCAGUCGCAGGAGGAGUCACUCCAAGUGAAGUUCCAACAGAGUCUAGUGGAGCACCCACCGCAACCACCACCAGCAGCAGCAGCAGCACCUCGAACUCUGCCACAACAGCCACAAGCAGCAAUAGCAACAGCCAAGCAAACGCAACUGCCGCACCUGUCGUUGCCAGCACGAGUCAUGAUGCCAAAGCCCAGCGAGACGCUGAGCCAGCAGCUGCCGCAACCAGUGCUGCUCCAGCAGCUUCUGGAACCACUGCCGUGCCUGCCUUCACCAAGAAAAUGCCCAAGCUCAAGUGGCGUCCGCUGCAAAUCGAUCUGGCCAAGUCCAGUCGCCCUAAGCCGAUUGGCGGGCGGCCCAAUCGCCGGCUCAGCGAUGAUCCUGCCGACCAGCGCCGUCCGGCGCGCUCCUACCACGAGCGUCAUGCAGCUGCAGGCCGUGGAGGAGCAGCUGGCGGCGAUGCGGGGACGGGAGCGGGAGAAGGAUCGCGCCAACCGCACACUGGCCGGCAUCCGUACUCCGCUCGGCCAGCGACUGCUGCGUCCGAGCGCGUGGAUUCCUGGCGUAGCAGCGGCAGCACCGCAGCAGCAUCGUACGAUGACCAGCGCUCUGGAUCAGCAGCGGGUGGUGCCGGGUCAGCAGCGGGAGCAGCUACGGGCCGCGGCCAGCGGCGCUUCCGGACGCCGUACCGGGGCGGGCGGCAAGGGCGGGGCGGAUUCUCCCGACAGGGACCAGGUCGUCCGACUCAUCGCAUACCACGCCAUCUGCUAGCUUCGGGCGAGUAUGCCAACUAUCUGCCGGCGGACGCCGCCGGCGCCGACCCUUCGCAGUCGUCCUUCGUGCUCAUGGGCACCCACUACUUCGGCAAUGUGCCCGCCGCUGCCUACAUCGAAAUGGACGCCAACAGCGUCAAGGAGGCCAUCAGGAAGCAAGUUGAAUACUAUUUCAGUGCCGACAACCUGGCCGGCGACUUCUUUUUGCGCCGCAAAAUGGACCCCGAGGGCUACAUCCCGGUCACUCUGAUCGCAUCCUUCCAUCGCGUCCUCGCCCUGACCACCGACGUGGCCUUGAUAGUGAACGCGAUCAAGGAAUCGGAUAAGCUGGAGCUCUUUGAGGGCUACAAGGUGCGCACCAAGACGACGCCCACUGCCUGGCCCAUCAGCGAUGUGCCAGAGGCCCCGGGCGCCGAUCCCACUGCUCCGACUGCGCUGGAGCAGGAGCCGGCCACUGGGGAGAAGGAACAGGAGAAAGGGGAGGAGCAGACUGAGGCAGCCGCUGGUUCGCCGCCGCCCAUCCUCUCGUCGGUGAUGGCGACGAAGCCGCUGAGCAGCAUUCCGCCACCACCAGUGCCGCGCAACUCUCAGAAUCUGGUGCCCAAGAUGCUCCAGGAGAAGCAGCAGCGCUCCAUCGCGGCCCUCAACUCGGUGAACGCCAUCAGUUCGCUGACCCAGCACGUGGAGGGUGGGGCCGCCGAGCUGGCUGGCCAUCUGAGCGGACUGGCGGAGAGUGUGAAGCCGAAGUCGGGUGCUGGACAGGACAAGAGGGCCGCGGCGGGUAAGGGAGCGACGGCGAUCGGGGCAGCUGCUUUGGUGGCGGAGCCGGAGGGCAUAUGGAAAGAGGUAAAGAGACGCUCCAAACCAUCCAAUGCUAUCAAAGAAAACGCUACUAAAUCAGCCAACAACACCACCUCGACACCACCACCACAACAGCAACAACAGCCACCGCUUUCACAAACGCUCAACAACAACAACAACAAUAAUAACAACAAUGUCAAAACGAACAAUACCUCGUCCAAGUCCACGUCCUCGUCCACGUCCACGUCCGCAUCCAACGCCUCAUCAUCAGCCUCUGUGUGUGUUACUACCAACAAAGCUUCCUCCGCCACCGCCACCGCCUCAGCCUCAGCCUCAGCCACCACUGCUACCAAAACCACAAAAACCACCGUCACCACCACCACAAUCUCCACCUCAACCACAACCACCACGAACAACAUUAAGAAAUCAUCAACUGGCAAUGCUGCUUACUCCAAUACCCACUCCAAAUCCUCAUCCAAAACAGCUGCUCCGCCAUCCGCUCAGUGCCAUGCCGAAAAGGAAGAACUAGACUUCCAGUUUGACGAGGAGCUGAUGGACCCCCUGCCUGGCACCGGACGGAUCAACCACUUUACCGAGAACUUCUCCGACGACGACGAGUCCGAUUACGAGUUUGCCGACCGUGACAUCAACAAGCUGCUGAUCGUGGCCCAGGUGGGACGGGCGCCCAAGCACGAGGGCUACGACCGCACCGCCGACUUUACAUCCCGGACGAAAAUCACCCAAGAUCUGGAGAACAUCAUCAACGACGGUCUGGUCAACUACGAGGAGGAUCUGUGGACCACCACCAAUGUGGUGCCCGACUACAGAACCGUCAACGUCAUAUCCCAGGCCGAUUUCGAGAAGCUGGCCGGACGCGGCCAGAAGUCUGUGCUGCAGCAGCAGCUGGUGCCACCACCGCCGCCCAUAUACCUGGAGCAGGAUGCCGACGCCGAUGACACCCUGGUGGGCGACACCACCCUCAACUCCACGCUGAACUCCACCCUGAAGUCCCGACGUGCUCGCUUCUAUGCUGCACCCAACUCCCAGUCGAUCGAUCCCCGGACCCCGCGCAAGAGGAAACUCCGCCACACGGCCAACCCUCCGGUGGAGGCCCACGUGGGCUGGCUGCUCGACACUGUGGAGCACCGGCCGCGCACCACCUCGAUGGGGUCCUCGGCUGGCACUUCGCCCACCACCUCCUCCUAUGGGUCGUAUGGCUCGUCGGUGCCGCAGUCGCUGCCCGUGUUCCAGCACCCAUCGCAUGCUCUGCUGAAGGAGAACAACUUCACACAGCAGGCCUACCACAAGUACCACUCGCGCUGCCUGAAGGAGCGCCGCCGUCUCGGGUUCGGGCAGUCGCAGGAGAUGAACACCCUCUACCGCUUCUGGUCGUUCUUCCUGCGCGAGAACUUCAACAAGAGCAUGUACAACGAGUUCCGCACCCUGGCACUGGAGGAUGCCGGCAACGGAUUCCGGUAUGGCCUCGAGUGCCUCUUCCGGUUCUUCUCCUACGGACUCGAGAAGAAGUUCAGGCCGAACAUCUAUCAGGACUUCCAGGACGAGACGGUGUCCGACUUUGAGACAGGUCAGCUGUAUGGCCUCGAGAAGUUCUGGGCCUUCCUGAAGUAUUACAAGAACGGCGAGAAGUUGGAGGUGCAGCCCAAGCUGGCCGAGUACCUCAAGAGCUUCAAGAACAUCGAGGACUUCCGCGUGGUGGAGCCGGAGAUCAACGAGAUGCUCCAGGGAGUGGGCAGCCUUAAUCCCGGCCGCCAGCUAAACAGGCACCGCAGCGUGUCCGAGAGCGACGGCACGGCCGUGAUCACGGGCGGAGGUCGCCGCCUGAACACCACCAUCACAAAUCGCAGUGACUAUGUGGGCAGGCUGCUCCAGCAACAGCACCAACAGCAGCAGCAGCAACAGCAACAUCAACAUCAGCAGCAGCACCAGCAGGGAUAUGGUGGCUACAACCAGCAGCAGAACCGUCGGCGCACUGGCUCCUUCGGGAGCAGCACAGUGCGCAUCCGCAGCGGGUCGCUGGGCAACAAGCCACAGGUCGUCAACCGGAAUCAGGGAUCACAGCACGAGCUGCGACAGCACCACAAGAGACAACAGCACCAGCAGCAACAACAGCAGCAGCAACAGAAAUCGAAGCCUGGGGCAGGAUCACAAACGAAUCCCUCCCGGGCCAGCACAUCAGCAGCAGCAUCAGCCACAGCCACUGCUGCAGCACCGACAACAUCAGCAGUUGCGGCAGCAACACCAGCAGUAGCGACAUCGGGCUCCUCGUCGUCGAAGAAGUAGUUACACGUCACACGUGCAGAGACACACUUUGGAUUAGGCUUAAGUUAAUAUCUACGACUUACGAGUUAGUUUUCAGGGAACUCGGCAAGCAAUCCCCGACCUUUUGUUUAUUCAUUCUUAUUAUUAUUUUGUAGUAUUUUGAGUCAAGCGUAAAGUGGGUAGAGUCGUUAGCGUUUAGCAUAAUUAAGUGAAAUUUUUGAAAUUUGUUUAUUGCAAUUUGCUUAGCGCGUUGGUUUAGUAGUUACGAUUCUAAUUGUUUGUUUCUCGCAUCCGCUCGACUAAACAAAACUAAACUAAAACUAAAAUACGAAAACACGAAUGGUUGCUUUCGAAAUGCUCAAUGUUCAAUAUAACAUACAGCGGGGUCUGUCUGCUUUGUACCAGUGCCAACCAGCCAUGAUCUUGGAGAGUUAACACGACUAUUCCUUAAAUAUAUUUUUUUUCUGUUGAUUAUUCUCCUGGUGAUUAUUUUCUUUGUAAUGAAAACUUAAUGAAUAAAAAAAGUCAAGGCAAAUUUUCCUAAUUAGAGAGCAGCGUUGAUAGUUGACGUAAUGCAAUGAACUGUUGUACUAUAUACUAUUAAAGAUAAUACCCGUAACCUAUACAAAUACUUACCUAACGAAAACUGAAUAUAGAAAUCAAACGAAAUUGAUAGACACGACAAGAAACAACAACAAAACCAAAUGAUCUUAAUUCAAAUAAAUUUUGUAAAUUAAACUGAA